UUACUCUGAUAUUACUUUGAUACCCAGCAUGUGUGAUGAAAGCAUACCAUCAAAAGUUGAGCAGUAUGAGCAGUUUCUAAAUGAAAGAUUGAAGACAGAUCUUAGUCAAGUAUUAGAUCAGAGAGACAAGUUAUAUGGGGAGGUAGCAGAAUAUUUACAGCUUAAAACUGUCAUAGAAAGAGUCAAGGAAUCAGAUUACAAAACAGAAGGUCUGAAAACCCAAGUGGAUUUGGGUUGUAACUUCUAUGUACAAGCACAUGUUCCAGAUGCAUCCAUGAUUUUUGUGAGUGUGGGUUAUGGAUUUUUCCUGGAAAUGACCCAUGAUGAGGCUCUGGCCUUUAUUGACAAAAAAGUCUCCAUAAUAAAUGACAAGAUUGAAGUCCUUACCAAAGAUGCUGCUAAAAUAAAGGCCCAUAUCAAGCUUGUACUACAGGGUUUGCAAGAGAUACAGAAUCUAGAUUUUGAAACAGAAAAACCUUACAGAGAUGUGUUAAGCUGAAAGAACACUUGAUUAAAGAUUUCAAAAAGACCUACCCCAUGUUUAAGAUGACCAAGCUGUACAUCUGGAAGCAAGCCAUGGAGACUGAUUGGACUAUACUACAGACUAUGAACAAGUCUAAGAGCAAUGAAUUAACAAAAGAAUCUGUGAAAAAUGACUGUUUUCUAUGUUUGUUGUCAAUCAUAUCUAUAUUCCAUUUUCCCUGGGGGAAAUGAAAAGUUAUUAAAAGUUUAUUUCUGUUA